AUGAGUAACGAUAACAAAACCUCCUCUUUGGAGAAGAAUAACAACCCGGAGCUGGGUGGACUGGACAGUGAAAUCGUUGCGUCAGUCGAAGGUGGUGUAGAGGUCAACGCCGCGGGCUAUCGGGAUCAGCUCAAACGGCAGUACAACCUCAUCGGAUUGGCAGGCAUCGCACUCACCGUCGACAAUGCUUGGGCAGCCCUCGGGUCUUCGAUUUCGGUUUCCAUAGCGAAUGGGGGCCCUACCGGUCUUAUCUAUGGGCUUAUCGUUGCUGUUUUCUAUUACUCGUUCAUUGGUCUGAGUCUGGCCGAGCUUGCAUCUUCUGUCCCAACGGCCGGAGGAGUUUACCACUGGGCGACUAUAGCCGCCGGUCCUAAAUGGGGCCGUGCGGUGGGUUUCUUUACCGGAUGGAUCAACUUUUACGGGUGGAUGUUUGAUCUGGCGGCGCUGAUUCAGAUAACGUCCAAUAUCCUGGUGCAAAUGUACGCGACUUAUCAUCCGGACUAUGUUGGAGAAGCCUGGCACGUCUAUGUUGCCUACAUCCUUGUCCUCUGGAUUUCAGCCGCUGUUGUGAUCUUUGCGAAUAAGUUGGUGCCGUAUACGCAACAGGCAGGGAUGUUUUUCGUCCUGGCCGGAGGUAUCAUCACUAUCAUUGUUAUUGCUGCGAUGCCAAAACAGCAUGCUUCGAAUACCUUUGUCUGGAAUUCGUUCGAGGAAAACAAUGUGACUGGUUGGGUCGGAGGGGUGGCUUUUCUGACUGGUGUUUUGAAUGGAGCCUUCACAGUAGGCACACCUGACUCCAUCACGCACAUGGCUGAGGAGCUCCCAGAGCCGAAGAAGGAUAUCCCCAAAGCCAUCGGCAUACAAAUUGGUCUCGGCGGUUUGUACGCUUUCAUCUUUGCCAUUGCCCUUGGAUACGCAAUUACGGACCUCGAGGCGCUGUUGGGCAGCAGCAAUAAUUUCCCACUGGCCACAAUAUAUGCUCAGGCCACGGGAAGUAACGGUGCCACGUUUGGCUUGCUCUUUAUCAUCCUGCUCAGCUCAUUUUGCUGUUGCGUGGGAACGGUCCUCACCAAUUCCCGAAUCUACUGGGCUCUGGCACGAGACAAUGCAGUUCCGUUUUCGCCACUGUUCGGAAAAGUGCACGAGAGCCUUAGUUGCCCCGUCUAUUCGACGUUGUUCGUAGUAGGUGUUGCUACCGGGCUCGGUGCCAUCCCGCUGGGGAGUCCUACUGCUUUUAUCAACUUGACCGGCUCCUUCAUCUUACUGACAACGGUAUCGUAUGCCAUCCCGUUCGUGGCGAACAUGGCGACAGGUCGAAAAUACUUCCCCGCUGGUCCCUUCCACCUGGGCAAGUUUGGAUAUGUUGUAAAUGGACUUUCGGUACUGUUUAUCGUCUUCUUUGACAUAUUCUACUGCUUCCCAUUUGCAUAUCCUACCGACGUGGAGACGAUGAAUUACAAUUCGGUCAUUCUGGUCGGAGUCGUGGCGCUUUCUGCCAUUUGGUGGGUGCUUCAUGCAGUCAGAAACUACCCCGGGCCAAAAGUGAUGCAUUUAUACAUUCACGAUGAUUCAGCACCUUUGAACCAAACCGGCUUUCUAGAGAAGGUUCGUCCGAAAAACAAAUCAUCGCCAGCAGAGAAGUCGAUAGCCGGGGACAGAGAGCAGUAA